AUGCAGUCAACAACCAGAAUAACCUCGCAGCCAGUCCUCCGCGCCAGCGGUCUGAGGCUGGGGCCUGCCAAACAACGAGUCACUGCCGCUUGGCUGACAACCGCGCGGUUAAGCAGCACUGUACAUGGUAACGACGCCGAGACGCUAGAGACGGAGAAAUCCCGAAACCUGAAGAACAUCCAACACAAGACCUCCACCCCCCACAAACACGCGCCGGGCUGGAACGAAUAUCUUGCUACAUCUUCGGAAGCCUCUGUCAAGGCAGACAAAGCCACCGGCGCCACGCUUUCCGAGCUGCAGCAGUCCACCGUGCAGCACAUUUCUACCCGGCAUCCUCAUACUGCGAAGACGACGGACAAGUACGAGGCCUCGUUUUCUAAAGAAAACGUCAGCGGACCGCUGAAGAGCGCUGGCCCCGGCGAAAAGGACACAGAUGGGCUCGUCAAGCGCACCGUUAGCGAGCAGAAGAGCGGCAAAUGGAAGGACGAGAGUGAGAAGAUGACUGGCAGCGAAGAAAGCGUCAAAGCGGAACGUGAGACUUUUGCUUAG